AAAAUUUUUCAAAAAUUACAAUGUACUACAUUCUCCCCAAAAAAUUUAUCUAAACAAAAAUACAAAAUGAAAAUGACUAGUGGAAUUUUGUGUUAUAAAAGCAUAUAAGAAUCUUUCUGCAAAAUUGCAAUUUCCAAAAAGUCAGCUUCACUGAUAGAGAGAGAAUAGUUAUUAUUCUCUCUCUCUUUCAUCGCCAUGGCCGCCGCCACCACCACCGCCGCCGGUGCCGACACGGCGGCCGGCACAGGUGAGACAGUCGGAGUUCAGAUCCAGCAAAGUCGAAGGUUGCCGGAUUUCCUACAGAGUGUAAAUUUGAAGUACGUUAAACUAGGUUACCAUUACUUGAUCUCAAAUUUACUAACUCUAUGUCUGAUUCCUGUAAUGGCUGUGAUAUUAAUCGAAGCUUCGCAAAUGAAUCCUGAUGAUAUUCGCCAAUUAUGGCUACAUUUGAAGUAUAAUUUAGUAUCUGUUAUUAUUUGUUCAGCCGUUUUGGUUUUCGGAUCGACGGUUUACAUCAUGACUCGGCCACGGCCGGUUUAUUUGAUAGAUUAUACGUGUUAUAAACCUCCUGAGGAGCUUAAAGCUCCGUAUGAACGGUUCAUGAGGCAUUCAAGGCUAACUGGUGAUUUUGAUGCGUCUUCGUUAGAGUUUCAGAGGAAGAUUCUAGAACGUUCAGGCCUCGGGGACGAGACGUAUGUCCCCGAGGCUAUGCAUCAUCUUCCUCCGCAGCCUUCGAUGCAGGCUGCGAGGGAAGAAGCUGAGCAAGUGAUGUUUGGUGCAUUGGAUAAAUUGUUUGCGAAUACAUCUGUUAAGCCUAAGAAGAUAGGUGUGCUUGUUGUGAAUUGUAGUUUGUUUAAUCCGACUCCUUCGUUGUCAGCUAUGAUUGUGAACAAGUAUAAGUUGAGAGGGAAUAUAAGGAGUUUUAAUUUGGGAGGUAUGGGUUGUAGUGCUGGUGUAAUCGCGGUUGAUCUUGCUAAGGAUAUGUUGCAAGUGCAUAGGAAUACGUAUGCGGUUGUUGUUAGUACUGAGAAUAUUACUCAGAAUUGGUAUUUUGGAAAUAAGAAGUCGAUGUUGAUACCGAAUUGUUUGUUUAGAGUAGGAGGUGCUGCUGUUCUGUUGUCUAAUAAGUCCGUGGAUAGAAGAAGGGCGAAGUAUAAGCUUGUUCAUGUUGUUAGGACACAUCGUGGGGCUGAUGAUAAGGCAUUUCGAUGUGUUUAUCAAGAACAGGAUGAUGCUGGGAAAACUGGGGUUUCUUUGUCGAAAGAUCUCAUGGCGAUUGCUGGUGGAGCGCUUAAGACGAAUAUCACUACCUUGGGUCCUCUUGUUCUACCUAUCAGCGAGCAGCUUCUGUUCUUUGCUACUCUGAUAAUUAAGAAAAUAUUCAAUAAGAAUGUGAAGCCUUAUAUUCCAGAUUUCAAGUUGGCCUUUGAUCAUUUCUGCAUACAUGCUGGUGGAAGGGCUGUUAUUGACGAGCUGGAAAAGAAUUUGCAGCUGACGCAAGUUCAUGUUGAGGCAUCUCGAAUGACACUGCACCGCUUUGGAAAUACUUCAUCCAGCUCCAUUUGGUAUGAACUGGCGUAUACGGAGGCCAAAGGAAGAAUGAGGAAAGGUAAUAAAGUUUGGCAGAUUGCAUUUGGAAGUGGUUUUAAAUGUAAUAGUGCUGUUUGGCAGGCACUGCGAAAUGUAAAGCCUUCUCCCAAUGGUCCCUGGGAGGAUUGUAUCGACAGGUAUCCAGUUAAAGUAGUCUCAUAACGUGGCAUAAAUCAAGAUUAGGCAAGUUCAAGGUUAUCGGUAGCUGCUUCAGUGUCCAGUUGUCUCUUAAGUUACAUGUACUUUAUGGAGCCUCGUUGCUUGAAGCUGAGCGAUGCUCUGCUUCCAAUUUUUUCCUUUUAUCUUUCCUAUUUAUGAAUGAAGUAUCAUUUUUUUCUUUUCUUGGUUAGGGCCUUAUGCUAAUUUGUGUUGUACCAUUUCAAUCUAUUACUCCUAAGGUUUCUUGUAUGUAGCAAAUCCUAUUUUAAUUGUACUUAUCGUGCCCCUAUAAACAUCUCCUCAUGACUAAAUUUAUGAGUAGUGGAUUCAAGUUACUAAA